CUGGUCAUUUUGCUGUAUUCCAACUUUUCUUAUGCUUUAUCCUCUUCUCUGUUUCCCUCCUCAUGUCAGCUAUGGGGACAGUUUCGUCUAAAUGAAAUGCACAACAGUGGAGAUAUCAUUCUGGGGGGACUAUUUCCAGUCCACUUUUACUCAAGUGGUUCUUAUCCGUCUUUUACCUCAGAGCCACAACAGCCUACUUGCCAUGGUUUUUAUGAACUAGGAUUUAGGCAGGCACAAACCAUGGCCUUUGCUAUUGAUGAAAUCAACAGAAACACCAACCUGUUACCUAAUGUGACUCUGGGAUACACUCUUUAUGAUAACUGCAAUGAACUUGGAAUUGGAUUCCGUGGAGUAUUGUCAUUAGCCAGUGGUCAAGAGGAUCAAAUUUUAUUAGAUGAUACAUGUACUGGAAAUCCUCCAGUUCUAGGGAUUGUUGGUGAUUCUUCCUCUACAGCUUCUAUUGCCAUCUCCAGUGUCUUAGGUUUAUACAGAGUACCGAUAGUGAGUUAUUUUGCCACAUGUUCCUGUCUGAGUGACCAUAAAAAGUAUCCAUCCUUCUUUAGGACAAUCCCAAGUGAUGCUUUCCAAGUUCGUGCUAUGAUUAAAAUUUUAAAACAUUUCGCCUGGACUUGGGCAGGUCUGCUUAUCAGUGAUGAUGAUUAUGGACGCCACGCUGCCAGAUCCUUACAAUUCGAGCUAAGUUUGUCUGGUGAAGGUUGCCUAGACUACAUUGAAGUUUUGCCUUGGGACAAAGACACAGAUGAGCUCAGGAGGAUUGUGAAUGUGAUGAAAAAAUCCACUGCUCAUGUGGUCAUCGUCUUUGCAUAUGAGAGUCGCAUACUAAACCUUAUGGAAGAGGUAGUGAGGCAAAAUGUAACAGGCCUACAGUGGAUGGCAAGUGAAGCCUGGUCAGCAGCUGCUGUGCUCCAAACACCUCACCUCAUGCCAUACCUGGGUGGUACACUGGGUAUUGCCAUUCGUCAUGGGGAAAUACCAGGGCUCAGGGAAUUCCUGUUAAAAAUACGUCCCAAUCUACAUCAAAACAACAGCUAUGGAAAUAGCAUGGUGAAUCAGUUUUGGGAAUUCACAUUUCAGUGCAAAUUUUCACCAGUUCCAUCAGGCUGGCUGGAAGGUGGAGGUGUGCUAUGCACUGGACAGGAAGAUUUAGAAAAUGUGUACAGUGACUUCUUGGACAUUUCCAGCCUUCGGCCUGAGUACAAUGUGUACAAAGCUGUGUAUGCUCUUGCACAUUCCCUCAAUAACAUGCUGCGGUGCAAGCCAGGAAACGGGCCUUUCAGUGGGAACAGCUGUGCUGCUUUGAAGUCACUGGAGCCAUGGCAGCUUCUUUAUUACUUGGAAAGGGUGAACUUUACCACUCCAUUUGGUGAUCAAGUGUCCUUUGAUGAAAAUGGUGAUGUGAUACCAAUUUAUGAUGUGAUGAACUGGUUGUGGCUCCCUGAUGGAAGCACUAAAGUUCAGAAUGUGGGUGAGGUUAAGGGGUCAGUUUUAAACGGUGAAGAACUCAUACUUGAUGAAAAUAAAAUCUUCUGGAACUUUAAAUCCAGAACGCCACCUCGAUCAGUAUGCAGUGAGAGCUGUCCUCCUGGUACCCACAUGGUGAGAAGGAAGGGGGAGCCCAAAUGCUGUUUCGACUGCAUCCCUUGUUCUGAGGGAAAAAUUACUAAUAAGACAGACUCCUUUGAGUGCACCAGUUGUCCAGAGGAUUUUUGGUCAAACCCCCAACGUGAUCACUGUGUUCCCAAGAAGACAGAGUUCCUCUCCUACCAUGAGCCUCUGGGUAUCUGUUUGGCAGCAACCUCACUGCUGGGCACAUUCAUAUGUGCUGUUGUUCUUGAUAUCUUUUUCUAUUAUCGCAGAACACCUAUAAUACGUGCCAGCAAUUCAGAACUCAGUUUCCAGCUAUUGCUGUCACUCAAAUUAUGUUUCCUUUGUUCAUUGCUGUUCAUUGGACGACCCAGGCUUUGGACAUGCCAACUCAGGCAUGCAGCAUUUGGCAUCAGCUUUGUGCUGUGUGUCUCAUGCAUCCUGGUAAAAACCAUGGUUGUUCUGGCUGUGUUCAAAGCCUCCAAACCAGGAGGGGCAGCCAAUCUGAAGUGGUUUGGUGCUAUGCAGCAGAGAGGAACAAUUCUGUUUCUCACUUGUAUUCAAGCAAUCAUCUGCACUACUUGGCUUGUUUCUUCCUCUCCAACUCCACAUAAAAACACUCAAUACCACAACGAUAAGAUCAUUUAUGAGUGUUCAGUUGGGUCUAGUGUUGGUUUUGGAGUGUUAUUGGGCUAUAUUGGUAUACUGGCUUUCCUCAGUUUUUUAAUUGCUUUCCUGGCAAGGAAUCUCCCUGAUAGUUUUAAUGAGGCCAAGCUCAUCACAUUCAGCAUGCUGAUCUUCUGUGCUGUGUGGGUGGCCUUUGUUCCUGCUUAUAUCAGCUCACCUGGAAACCAUGCAGAUGCAGUGGAGGUAUUUGCGAUCUUAGCCUCAAGCUUUGGCCUGUUAGUUGCACUGUUUGGGCCCAAAUGUUACAUCAUCCUGUUGAGACCAGAGAUGAACACAAAAAAAGUUAUAAUGGGCCGUGGCACUGAAUCAUAA